GUCUUGAGGACUUGCUAGUGAAUCGGGAGAAAUAAACAGACACUGAGCAGAGGGGGAAAAAGGACACAGGGAGUGAUAGCGUGCGAGAAUUUAAGACAUCUCCUCCCUCCCCUACCCCCUCACUAUCUCUCCAUCUUCAUCUCUCGUCUUUUCUUUAAUGGAAAGAAAUUAUCCUGGUACAGGGUUCGGUGAUUUGGGCGCUGGUACGGGAUGGAGUUACGAGAGAUCGGCCAAGGCAAGCCUGGUGUAUGGGAGUUCUAGGUCCUCCCAUCCGGACUCAGAGCUGCUCCAUCGCCAGGCUUAUGGCACCCCCCACCCUCUGCAGGGCUACGCAACCAAUCACCACCCUGGCAGCUCUGGACAGGGCGGGGCAUGGGGGGCUGGGCGGAGUCUAGGCUUAUCUGGGCUGUUUGAUACUGGGCUACACCAUGCCAGUCCCUCUGGUCCAGACCCAUCUGUCAUGAACCUGAUUUCAGCACUGGAGUCCCAGGGUCGGCAGCCACCCCCCUCAGCCUCCUCCCUCCUCUCCCAGUUCCGAACACCCUCCUGGCAGACUGCGAUGCACACUCAGCCAGAGCUCUUUAUCGGGUCUGGCUCCUUCCCCUCCUCCUCCCUCUCGGCCUACCAGCACCCAGCCUCUUUCUCUGGGCGGUCCUUCCCUGGCGCCUCGCUCUCCCUCCAGGACUCCCCCACCUUCAGCCCCACGUCCAACGGCCUCCUGUCCCCCCACGACCCCCUGCUGCACAUCAAGACGCCCUCACAGUCUAGCCUGGGCUUCGACCGCUUACUCUCCUCACAGGGCGCCGCCUACCGAGGGUCGCAGGACCCCACAGGCCCGCCGCAAACCUCCUCCUCCUCAGGCCGCCACUUACCCCCUCCCCAGUUUAACCUGCUGUCCUCCCAGCUCCAGGACCAGUCCUCCCAGUUGUACAAUGCCUCUGUGUUCUCAUCGGCACCCGCCCCCCCCCCGCCCCAGCCACCCCAGGAAAGGGCCAUCCCACGGCAGGACAGCGUGAUCAAGCACUACCAGCGUUCUUCUCCGGCUCAGUCCCAGCUCUCCUCCUCAGCCCCCCACCCCCUGCAGCACUACCUCAGCUGUGGGGCAUCGGGUUACCAGCAGAUCUCCCACCACCGGCAUGGAGGGGUGUCCUGCAGUCCGCUGGGAGAGCAGAGCCCUUCAGCAGACCCCAAACUCCCCCGGUCAGACCAAGUGUACCGCCCCAUCAUCCAGACCCCGUACACCUCCUCAGCCGCCUCCUCAUCAGCAUCAGGUGGAGGUCUAGGGAAGGGGGCUAAGAACUCCAGCUCCAGUAGCGGCUACUCCUCCUCGGGCUCCUCGUCUUCCCGAACCCCCCACACCCCACCCUCAGCCUCCUCGUCCUCCUCAAACUCCAACCCUAACCCUUCCUCCAGCUCCUCGUCAGCCCCAUCCAGACAGCAGCCCCCAACUCAGUCUGCGCCCCCUCCCCCACCUCCCCCUCCAGUCUCCUCCGCCGUGGCCCAGCAGCCUCCUCCUAAACCCUGCCUGUCAGCAUACGGGUCCCCUGUGGCCCCCGCCAAGCCCACCGCAGGCCUCCCUGGACAGACACCUCCCCAGCAGCAGUCCUACUCCCCCAGCCAGCCCCCUCCCUCACACCUCCCCUCUCACCAGCCCUAUGGGGGCUUCAGCUCACCCCAGGCCCAGGACCUGACCCCUGGCCCUGGGAGUUCUGGGAAAGGGUAUGGAGGACUAGGGCCAGGAGGCCGCUCCUUCUCUGCAGAGGUGGUCUACGGGACGGACUCAGGAUACAGCUCGCUGCCGACCUCCCUCGGGGGAGCAGGCAGUCCCUCGUUGGGGUACGGUGGCCCAAGGCAUUCCCCUGCCCUCCUGGGGUCUGGGGGGGUUGGAGGGUCUGCCGGCAGCGGGGCAGGGUCCGGGGCUGGUGGAGGUGGUUCAGGAGGUGGGGGUGCAGGAUCAGGUGGUAGCAGUGGAGCUGGAGGAGGCAGCUCAUACCACCUCCCUGACUCCAGUCCCUCUCCCUCAAGCAACUCUGGCAUCAUUCGACCUGGGCUGCACUCUCCUGCUCCCGCCCGCCCUGCCCAGUCCCCCGGGGGAGCCGGGGGGAACAAAUACCUAUCCUCCGUCCUCUCCCCUGCCUUCCUGUCCUCUCCGCAGGGCUACCCCGACACCCGAGGCCCCCAGCCUCAGUCUUACCACCCCACGCCCCCAACCAAGCCAGACACCGACAUGCUGGGAGUGGAGCGCUCUCAAGACGAGGAGGAUGACGAUGACGAUGACUUCCUGAUCCAGCACUUGCUGCAUGCCCAGAGCCCUGCGCCUCACCCGUCCCAGCACCACCCCCAGCAGCAGCCGCCACAGUCCAUCCCUCAGGCCAGGGAUGGGGGCAAAGGUCUGGCCUACGACCUGAGUAAGGCCUCUGAGGAGCGCUACCACCUGCAGAGUGUCAUCCGCACCAACAGCGCCACCAACAGCUCGGUCCCCGGUACUGCAGGUAACGUCAGUGGAGGUGGCCUGGAGAGCCAGUUGGAGAUGUCGCUGAAGAAACAGCAGCAGCAGGCCAAGAACGAACGUGGGCUGUCUGGAGCAGGAGCCAGUGGAGGAAGGGGGGGGGCAGACUCCCUCUCCCACCCCAACCCGCACGUCCCCUAUCCGCAGCAACACGACUCCCUCGGCUCAGUGGUGCACUACGGCAGGAGCGACCCUUACUCCCAACACCCUCACUCCCAGCACCCCCACCAUCCCUCGCAGGCCCCUUCACACCCCCAACACACCCAGCACUCCCGACACGCCCACCCCCACUCCCAUGGCCACCCUCACAUGGAGCUCAAAAAGCCUCCCGACUCGUCCGAGCUGCCAUACCUGCGGAAGACACCAGAACUGCAGCAGCAGGCCCGACAGUCCCAGCCCUCCCUUUCCCUCAUGGACUCCCCUCCAAACCAGCCCCAGCAGCCUCCCUCUGCCCACAUGCUCCAGUCUGUUCUGUCCCACACUACCCGCAACAAGAUGGACACCCAGCAAGCUGCUUCUCAGCAGCAGCAGCACUCCAUGAGUCAGCAGGCCAUGAUGGGGGCAGGUGGAGAGGCAGAGCCUGGGGGAGAAGUGGGGGUGGAUCCCCAGCCCCAGGCUCAAUCCCAGCUGCAGCUCCAACUCCAGUCCCAGGCUAUGGAGGCCCAUUACGGCCAGGCCAGCCAGAACUCGGUUUCUCCGCUGGACAUGCUGGAGCGCACCCUGUCUCGUGCCAACAGCAGAGACAGUGGAGGGGCCGUGGAGAGAAGUGGGGUGGGGGGAGGAGAUGGGGGCAGUGGUGACGGACACAGGCAACAACAGCAGCAGCACAGGCUGCCGUCUCAUCACCACUCCCAACAAACUGCCUCCAAGCUUCACGACUUCCUCUCUGAGCCAGACCUGGGAAUAACCACGCCUUCCCACCUGCACCACCUCAACCCACACCACCCCCACGUCCAUCACCAACAGCAGACCCACCCGCACCACCCCCUCCCGCACACCCAUGCCCACCCCCACUCCCACCACCUGGCAACCAACUCAGGGCAGCAGCAGCCUCCACGCCAUCAGAGGGACCAGGAGCCCCAGCUCUGUCAAUCCCAGUUGGACCAGCUCAAAGAGCACCAGUUUGACACUGUGAGCCCUGUGGGGAAAGCGGGCCAGAUCCAAGGCCAGCAGCAAAGGUUUGUGCCUCUGACCUCCAUUUGUUUCCCAGACUCCCUCUUACAGGAUGAGGAUCGCUCCUUCUUUCCCGGCAUGGAGGAUAUGUUCUGCUCUGACGACUACUCCAAGUCGAGCUGCGCCGGGGUUCCUGGGGCAGGCCAAGGGGUGCAGGAAGGUAUGUCUGAGGCACGUGUACAGGGACCAGACAGCAUGGAGGACGUCAAGACCAGUGAUGGAGGAGGUGGCUAUGACAUGAUGGGUCACCAUGGCGACCAGGGGUAUGGGUACUGCCACAGCCUCACGGAAACAGAAAACAGCACCAUGCAUCUGGACCUGGACUCUCUGAAAACCCAUGAGCUCCCGUCCACUGUGAACACAGAGCAGCUCGGCCUCAUCCAGUCCCAGACCCCAGGCCUUGGCUUGGGGGUUCCAGGGGGCGUUCCUGGGGACGGCUCCGCCAACAAGAUGAUUGGGGGUACGGGCGUGGGUGGAGGUUCUGGUCUGGCCGGGCUGACGUCGCCCAUCUUCUGCUCCUCCCGACCCAAGAAGCUGCUGAAGACCAGCUCCUUCCACCUGCUGAAGCAGCGCCGCGACCCGCAGCCGCUGGCCAAGAAGAACUACGCCCAGGAGUAUGAGUUCGAGGAUGACGAGGACAAGGCUGAUGUUCCCGCUGACAUCCGCCUGAACAGCCGGCGGCUACCUGACCUCCUCCCCGACCUGGUGUCCAGCUGCAGGAAGGCUGGAGGAGGAGGGGCCUCAGGGGUGGGCUCCCUCAGCCCUCUGAUGGGUGACCUGGACUUCUGCCACCCGUCUGGCUACCCCUCCCUUGGCCCCCCUCCCCAGCUCCUACCCCACGACGGGCCCAAGAAGAGGGGCAGGAAACCGACCAAACCCAAACGUGAAGGGCCGCCUCGGCCCAGAGGGCGCCCUCGCAUCCGCCCGCUCCCGGAGCCGCCCUACUGUAGGGGGCUGAUGGGAAAUGUAGGCGGGGAGACCCGCAGGGGUCGUGGGCGGGGUAGGGGGCGUGGCAGGAAAGAGGAAGGGAUGAUAGAGAUGCACCGAGAAAUGAACAAAGUACCCGACCUCCAAUAUCAACAACAACAACAACAACAACAGCAGCAGUUCCACCAACAACAGCACUUUCAACAACAGCAGCACCAACACCAUCACCUCCAACAGCAGCAAAAUAUACAACCUCAACAACAGCAGCACCUACAACACCUUCAUCAACAGCAUCCACAGCACCAGAAACCUUUCAAGCCUAUCAAGAUCAAGCUGCCUAUCCCCUCUAUGUCUCCCUCGGACUCCUUGCUAAGGACAGACUCCCUGUCCAGCACCGACCCGGUUCUCUCUGACGGGUCGGUGGGCUCGGCUCCCUCCCUGGGCCUGAGUCCUGGACCCACUGCUGGGAUGGACAUGAACAUCACCAGGAGCCAGGAGAAGAUGAAGCAGAAAGCUCAAGCCCAGGAGAUGACGUGGGAAAGGGACAUGGAUGAGCAGCUGACCCCAGAGGCCUGGGCUGCCAUGCAGAAGCUCUCCAACACGACGGAGGACAAGCCCCCGGAGCUGAAGUCUAAUUUCAUGGCCUCCUUCCUGGACUUCCUCAAGACGGGGAAGAAGCAGCCUGAAUCUGGACCUGGUGGACCACAAGACCUUGGAGGGCCAGUGGAAGGAGCUGAAACCACAGACUCUUCCUCCCUGAAGGGCAGGAUCCUGUCCCCGCCUCCCCCUCCACCGCCCCCUCCUCCACCCCCUCCGUUUGGGGACAGUAGCGAGGGCGAGGACGGGCUGAGCCCCUGUAAGCGUCUGGACGAUGAGCUGAAGAGGAACCUGGAGACGCUGCCGUCCUUCUCCUCCGACGAGGAGGAGGACUCUGUCAGUAAGAACCAGGACCUGCAGAAGAGCAUCUCCUCGGCCAUAUCUGCCCUUUACGACACGCCCCAUACGCUGGCUGCAGCCGUGGCUCUGCCCCCACCCAGCCCAUCUCCGCCCCAGAGCCCAUCGCUGCCACCAACGCCGCCGCCCGUGGCCCAAAUGCAGGAGGACGUAGCCGAUCUGGAGGAGCAGGACAAUGACGUAGAGACAAACAUGCAACUUCACAAUACACAGGCCAAUGCACAGGCAAAUACACCGCCCCCAGAACAAGAAGGACUGGAAGGGAUGGACGGAGAGGACGAACGACAAGAGGAGAUGGAGAAAGAGAAGGAGAUGGAGAAAGAAGAGAGGGUAAAGGAAGACCUGAAUGUAGAGUGCAGGGGUGUGGAGAAAGAGGUAGAGGAGAGGGAAGAGGAGGAGGAGAGAGAGCCUGAGUUUGAGAUGCUGGAUGCUCCCAAAGUGGAAGAUUCUCCAUCCGGGCCUCCCCUCGCCCCCGUACCCCCUCACCCCCAUCCCUCUCCCCGUCCCUCUCACUUCUUCCUCCCCCUCCCCCUAUCUCCCCCACCCCUCUCCCCACCCUCCCCUCUGCCCUUCCAGCAUGAGGAUGAUGAAGAGGAGCAGCAGGAGCCGUCCCCCCAACAAACCCACCACCCCUCCGCCUCUCCCCCCCCAGCUCCUCUCCCCCUGCCCUGCCCUCUCCACCCUCCCCUUCCCCUGCAAUGCCCCCCUCCACUACCCCCUCCCUCCUCCUCCCCUCCCCUUUCGGAUGCUCCAGAGUUGGCCCAGCCUUCCUCCUCACCCUCCUCUUCCCCACCCUCACCCCCCCCUGAGGAUGCGCCAGCCCCCAAGAUCACCUCUCUGCACCUGGCCAAAAAGCAGGACAAUGCAGCCAUUGCUGGAGAGAGUGAGGAGGAGGACAACGAGAGUGGCGGCGAGGGCAUCUUCCGGGAGAGAGAUGAGUUUGUGGUGCGGACUGAGGACAUUGGCACGCUCAAGAUGGCCCUGCAGACCGGCCGUGAGCCACCACCCAUCUGGAGAGUGCAGAAAGCCCUGCUGCAGAAGUUCAGCCCCGAGAUCAAAGACGGACAGAGGCAGUUCUGUGCCACCAGUAAUUACCUGGGCUACUUUGGCGAUGCCAAGAUGCGGUACCAACGUCUCUAUGUCAAGUUCCUGGAGAAUUUCAAUAAAAAGGAUUAUGUCCGUGUGUGCUCACGUAAACCCUGGCACAGACCUGGACUCAUGUUGAGGCGUCAAUCACUCCCAUCGCUCCCCAAGCCACCUCCCCCUGCCAUCAGUCAAACUCCACCACGAUUGGAGCGAGAUGAGAGGGAGCGGAAGGAGAAAGAAAAGGAGCAGAAAGAGAAGGAGCAGAAAGAGAAGUUGCAGAAAGAGAAGUUGCAAAAGGAAAAAGAGAAGGAGCAGAAAGAGAGGAAGCAAAAGGAAAAAGAGAAGGAGCAGAAAGAGAGGAAGCAAAAGGAAAAAGAGAAGGAGCAGAAAGAGAGAGAGCAAAAGGAAAAGGAGCAAAAAGAGAAAGAGAGGGAACAAAAGGAGAAAGAUGGGGAGAAAGAGAGGAAACAAAAGGAAAAAGUGAGGGAGCAAAAAGAGAAAGCGAGAGAGCAAAAGGAGAAAGCGAGAGAGCAGAAAGAACGAGAGCAAAAGGACAAAGCAAGAGAGCAGAAAGAGAGAGAACAAAAGGACAAAGCAAGAGAGCAGAAAGAGAGAGAGCAAAAGGACAAAGCAAGAGAGCAGAAAGAGAAAGAGCAAAAGGAGAAAGCGAGAGAGCAAAAGGACAAAGAGAAGGAGCAAAAGGACAAAGUGAGAGAGCAGAAAGAGAGGGAGAAAGCGAAAGAGAAGGAGAGGGAGCAGAAGGAGCGAGAGAGGAGGGAAAAAGAAAAGGAGCGAGAGAGGGAGAGGGAAAAAGAGAUACAGCGAGAGAGGGAGAGAGAGGAGGAGAAGGAGAGAGAAGAAAAAGAGAAGACGCAUCCACCACCUCAGGAGAAGGUGGAGAGAAGGAGCAGUGAAGAGGACCGAAAGAGACUGAGGGAGGAGAAGAGAGGAGGAGGAGGAGAGAAGAAGACAGAGCGCCCUUCGAGGGCGAGGCCAGUGAAGGCAGAGCCUCCACCCAAGAAGAGGAAGAAGUGGCAGAAGGAAGUCCCCUCUGACUCAGACUCCUCCGCUGAUGGGCCCAGUGAGGACCAAGCCCCGGUGAGAGGGGGGUUGAACAGUCGAGCCAUGAGGGAGAUGUUCAGGAGUUACAUAGAGAUGCUGGUCAGUACAGCACUUGACCCCGACAUGAUUCAAGCCCUGGAGGACACAGACGACGAGUUGUACCUCCCGCCCAUGAGGAAGAUUGACAGCCUCCUCAACGAACAAAAGAGGAGACUGUUAAGGAGAGUCAACAUGAGUGGCCAACACCAGGAGACUCUGCAUACGUUCCCCAAAAUGACGGCGGACCCCCUGGACUCUGGCGCGGUCAAAUUGCACCUCGGCGGCGAGUGCUACAACCGUAAAACCCUCAACCGCGUCAAGAAGAGCACCGCGCCCAAACAGCAGGACCUCAAGCUGUCCACAGAGACGUGUCGUGUCUAUAGCCUUUAUCAUUCUCUCCAUCACUACAAGUAUCACACCUUCCUGAACUGCAAGAAGGAGACGGACAGUAUAGAGCAGGCAGCGGAGGACCCUGGUCAGGAGGAGGUGGUGCAGCAGUGUAUGGCCAACCAGGGCUGGCUGGAGACCCUCUUCAACUCCUUCAUCGACCUGCUGACCCUCAGCACCAAAGCCUGAUGAGGGAGGAGGGGGCACAGUCCGAAAUAGUGCACUACAAUUGGCCUAAGCCAUAGGGCCUAUAUGGAGAAUAGGGUGCCAUUUGGAAAGCAGAAUGUGGGUUGAAGAAGGGAGGGGUGGGGCGGGAGGAGGUAUACAGUAUUUGGGAGACAUAGCAAGAGAGUUGGAGUGGAGAACACUGGACUGUACCAAGAUGGAGAGGGGGGGUGGAUUCAGACCCUACCACUCUAGUUCUUGCCCAGCGAGAAAGACCGAACAGUCAAUGUUCAGUCUGUGAGUACGGUUGAGUUUUAACUUAAAAUGGAUGCUACAAUGAACUGUUUUUAGCGCUUUUGUUUAGUUUUUCUCUCACAAAGUAUCUCUUGACUAAAGAAAAGAGACGGAUGGAGGAGAGCGGAGGAGGCGGAUUGAAAAUAGUGAAUGUGUGAAAGGGUACGACGUCUGCCACUUGACCUGAACAGGGAAAGCAGGGGACCACGGUGAAUCAGUCAGCACUACAGAAAAGAUUGCGAUCUACAUCCAAACAUGCACGGGCACACACACACACCAACAUACAAACACUAUAUAUAUAUAUACGUAUAUGUAUUAAUAAUUAUGAUUUGUAUUAUUUAUACAAGGAAAUGACCCUCCCUAGCUGGGAUUGUUUGCUGUUGUUAUUUUAAAUAAUAAUGUUUUGUUAGGGUAUACAUGAAAUGGCCUGCCCAAAAUCCUUUGCUCAGUCCCCCUUUUACUGCUGAAGGUAAAAAAAGAGUGGAGGGGAGAAAAACUGAGGUGAAGGGAGGGAGGGAGGGAGGUUAGAGGAGUGUGUGAUGUUCCCUUUUUUCUGUCUGCCUAAAUAAAUUGUGAGGGGGAAAAAUGUAUUUAAAACCUAAGCAAACUGUUCUUUAUGUUUGUUCUUCAAAAGACAAUGAGAGCAGAGUUUACACCUGAAGUUAAUAAAUUAAAAUAAAUAUCUGUUCGCUUUCUAAAAGAAAGCGCUGUGGUUUUAGGGAGGUGUAACUGUUAAAAAGCGUAUAAAAUCUGUGUUGACUGUUUUUAUUUGAUCUGUUUGUUGUUUAUGAUAAUUAUUAUUUUGGAGGUUUACCUAUUUGUUCAAGCUCUCUUAUCUGUAAAUAUUGUACAGUUACUUGAGUCUCUAAAGCCCAGUUCCUCUUCUGUACAUGCUAUUCCUGUAUUUGACAAAAGCAAAUAAAAAUUUGAAAAUGA